AUGACGACCAUCGCGCACGACCGCGAGAUCCGACAAUUGGAUAUGUGGUUAGUACGCUACCACAUCAGCACAUCGACCACAGGCACAGUGAGCGGCGCGUGGAUGACCUACCAAAUCCAGGACGACAGCUCCUGGAGCCUCCAGGCUGCCGGAAGCCUGCAGUUUAGCUCGCGAGGGCACCGCCUGGAUAAUGCCAAAUGGGCACUGACACCCGCCAUGAGUGCCAUAACGACACAAGCCAACCCCGCCCAAGUUCUUCUGCGCGUGGAAAGCAUCGAAGCGGCAAUGCCGCUCUCGACGCACCCAUGCAGGCCAAAGGAGGCUUUGGAGCAGGCCCUUCCUCAUACCCUCUACGAUCAAACCCUCAGCAGUUUCUUCGCCAUCCAGUGGCCGCUGUCUGAACUGGAAGCGAUCAAGCAUCUGGCCAAGGCUACAACGACGACAACAUACGAGUUUCAAUCAGCUGGCAGUCCCUCGACACCAAGCCCAAUGCGGUCCUACCUCGAGCGGACAGCCAAGAACCUGCAUCAUACCGGCAAAGCCCGCAACGUUAUGAACCCAUACGAAAGGCGACUUCUAUACAAGACCGCCUUAAUGUAUAGCAGGCUUCUAUAG